AGAUUCUGAAGGAAUAAUCAAGCAAGCUAAAAUGAGUGUGAGGGAGGCUAUGGAGUGGUCUCUUGAUGGUAGCAAGAUCAUCCUGAGGUUUAAUGAGGAACUGCAGGCAGUCAGAGAUGGAGCUGGCCUAUUGAAUGGCAUUAUAGGAGCGCUGGAUUCUGAUUACAGCAAAUUUUCUAUCUGUGAAAAGAGUUGGGCAAAGGUGCGGGGCAAAGAUAGGGUUUAUGAUGAUUGUAUAAAGGAGAUGUUCCACUUCCAGCAUAGCAGUGGUAGAAUCAAGAAAACACUUUUGCAACAAAUGGGGAAGUCCUGGAAGGAUACAAGGGGGAGGCUGUUUGACUCGCAUUACAAACCAACAAGGACACUUGAGCAGAAUCUUGAUCAGCGCCCGGAGAGAAUUCCUAGAGAGCAUUGGAAGUGGUUCAUUGAUUAUCAUAAUGAUCCUGCAACAAAGUUUUUAUUCUGA